AUGUACGACGAAUCUAAGGAUCCACUCAAGCAUUUAGAGACAUUUAAGGCUCACAUGACACUCCAUGACUUUUCAAGAAAAAUUGCAUGUCAAGUUUUCCCCUUAACCCUAAAAGGAGUAGUGAGAGGGUGGUUUGGAGCUCUACAACUGAGCUCCAUUGAUAGUUUUGAGGAAUUGGGUAGACAGCUCAUGAUCCAAUUCAAGGCCAAUAGAAGAAGGAGGCGACCACCUGCAUACCUCCUCACCGUCAAACAACGAGGAGAUGAGAGCUUAAAAGCAUACCUAACCAAAUGCAAUAAGGAGCGCGUAAUGGCGUAUGAUUGGGGUGAGAAGAUUUCGCCAGCAGCACUUUUGGGAGGCGUUUGGCCCAUAUACUCCUUCAUGACGGAACUGGGUGAUCCGAAAACUAAAGUACUCUAUAUACUCGAUUCUCACUAA